GAGAAGAAGUCGGAGUUGAGUGAGCUGUGGUGGUGGUCGAUAAGGAAGACAUGCUGUGCCUCAAGGCAGAGGCUUUGGGUGACGAGAUGUACUCUUCCAGUGGCGCUAUCCCGCCCGUGAAUCUUGGGAGGUCGAUCCGGAGACUGAUGCAUAAGGUUGGGAGGGGUGGUGGGAAGAGCCCGCACCGCUCGGAUCCAUCCGCGUCCUCGUCCGGCAUGGAGGAUGAGAAGAGCAGUUGUGGUGGAAGAGAAGAGAGGCGUCGGAAGGUGUGCUGUUACAGAUCGCAGCUCGAACAAGAAGUUCAGAUAUUACAAAAGCAGCUACAAGAGGAGAUCAAUCUCCAUGAGGUUUUGGCAAAUGCUUUGGCUAAAAAUGCUGCCCCUUUGUUGAACUCUACUGAUAACAUUCCAGAUGAGAUUCAGGAACUUCUACACAGCAUAGCCACACUGGAGACCACUGUUUCAAAUCUAGAAGAGGAGUUGGUUACCUUGCAUCUUCAGAUUUGCAAUGAAAGGGCUGAGAGACACGUCGCUGAAGCUCAUCUAGGAUCCCCACCACUGACACCAGGGCCACCAUCUCCAUCUUCUGACUGUAAGCCAGAGCAUAUAUUUUCCUCGAGCAUUUCAAAGUCUCAAUUAACUCAGACACCUAUCUCAAUGCAAAAAUAUGUAUUAUCUGGUUGUGAAGAUUCACAGUCCAUUACAGACAUAAGAUCGAUGGAGAGAUGUCCAGAGGCAGAGAUACUAAGAUCACGCAAUGCUAGUGAUGAAGGGACAGAUAUGGGUGCUUCUGUUCAACUAUCUGUUGAAGUUGAAUUGAAGAAUAAUUUUCCUAUAGAAGACAUAUCGAACAACCCAAACAAGGUUUCAGAAGAAAUGGUUCGAUGCAUGAGAAAUAUCUUUCUUUGUCUAUCUGGAUCAUCAGACAUCCCUCCAGAAAUGUCUUCUUCAGAGGGCUUUCAGUCUUCCCCAGUCGAGCACCUAUCUUCAUCUUCUUUCAUGUCUUUCUCAGACUCAUCCACAAUGACCUCACUAUUUCAAAGUCCAGAAGGGAUUUACCAAACUGAUGAGGAAGCUAUAUUUUGGCAGCUGAAGUCUCUUGGAUGUCAGUUGGAAAAGCACAAUUGCAAUAUGCUGCUGAGUCUGAAAAGAUACAGGUUUUUUGUGGAGCAGUUGACAGAGGUGAAUCCAGCUUGUAUGAGUCUCAAUCAGAAGCUUGCCUUUUGGAUCAAUGUUUAUAAUGCCUUAAUGAUGCAUGCCUAUUUGGCAUUUGGAGUUCCUAGAAGUGACAUCAAGUUAUUUUCUCAAAUGCAAAAGGCAUCUUACACUAUAGGUGGUCAGUCAUUUAGUGCAGCUGAGAUUGAAUUUGUCAUUCUGAAGAUGAAACCACCAAUGCAUCGUCCACAAUUAGCUCAAUCUCUGGCACUUCACAAAUUUAAGAUUUCUAAGGAGCACCGAGAGUACUCGGUUGACAGCGCCGAGCCCCUGGUAGUAUUUGCCCUUAGUUGCGGAAUGUAUUCUUCACCUGCAGUGAGAAUCUUCACUGCUGAUACUGUUCAAGAUGAGCUACAAAACUCCAUGAAGGACUACAUACGAGCAUCGAUAGGUUUAAACGAUAAGGGGAAGCUGUUAGUUCCAGAGAUGCUGCAUUCGUUUGCCAAGGGUGUUGUGGAGGACUCGCUGCUGGUUGACUGGAUCUGUCGCUACCUUUCCUCGGAUCAAAUAACUAUAGUUCACUAUUCUAAACCACAGUGGAAGCAGAGGUUACUUGGUGUUCGGAGUUUUAGCAUCAUCCCAUUUGAUUCAAGAUUUCGGUACCUUUUCUUGCCGGACAAGACUUCCUGAGAUCUGACCACUGGAUUGCUCAGAAUCAGCCAACGACGAGUCAUCUAAUUCUGAAUUUGUAUGAUUUUUUUCUUUCCAAAUCUAACAACAGAUAUAAUUCCAUUGGAGAUUCCUAUCGACCUUCGGGUGCAUAAACUGGUGAAUAUUUAAGUGUGGAUAAUGAAAGCCAGUGAAGAGCUAUGCACAGUGAUAUGGAAGUUGGUAGGUACAACCUCUGUAAAUGAUUUGUUAAUUUUGGAUCCGUGACUUUUUUUUUAUCAGCAACUUUGCAAGAUUGCCAGAAGGUUGUGUCUUGAUCUGCGGAACCAUUCUUGUCAAUUUUUUUUUAUUUUGUUUUGUACUCAUCUUUUUGAUUGUUCAUAGAUAAUCAUUUUGUGAGACCUCUGAAUCCAAUAAAGGGGAAGACAUUGUUC